AGCAGCGAAGAGUUAAUCUCAUCCACUUCAAAUUUGAUUAUAAAAAUGAACUUUUGAAAGCCAAGAUGGUUGCAAAGAAUCAACUAGUUUCAUAUCAUCCGCUUAUCAAGAAGACGCCAUGAACACCAUGGAAGGAAAUUGCAAGGUUUUUACAGAAGAGCAAGAAGCUCUGGUGGUCAAGUCAUGGAACGUAAUGAAGAAGAAUUCUGCAGAACUGGGUCUUAAAUUCUUCUUGAAGAUAUUUGAGAUUGCCCCAUCAGCAAAAAAGUUGUUUCCAUUCUUGAAAGACUCAAAUGUUCCUCUUCACCAGAAUUCAAAGCUCAAGUCUCAUGCCAUGUCUGUCUUCAUCAUGACUUGUGAGUCAGCUGUUCAACUGAGGAAAGCUGGCAAAGUUACUGUAAGAGAAUCCAGCUUAAAAAAACUAGGAGCUGUCCACUUCAAAUAUGGAGUUGUUGAUGAACAUUUUGAGGUGACAAAGUUUGCAUUAUUGGAGACCAUAAAGGAAGCUGUGCCAGAGUUGUGGACACCAGAGAUGAAAAUUGCAUGGGGUGAAGCUUAUGAUCAGCUGGUUGCUGCAAUUAAGACAGAAAUGAAACCUCCCUCUUAGGAAAAUUUCUUGCCUUUCAUGAAAUAAAACUUGGUUAGAUUUUGUUAUUUCAGCAGAUUCAGAGUAAUUAUAUGCUAAUGUUUGUUUCAAAAUCAAUAGAUAACAAAGAAGGGAUGCCAUCUCUUAGAC